AUGUCCAACAUAUCGACUGAGGAUGAUAGCCGAGUGCAUCCUAUUCCUUCCAGCGUGAUUAUUGUCAACGAGGCUACACCAUUGCUGUCUCAAGAACAACAUUUGGCAGGCAGUCGUCAUGCAGCAGAGAAUGUAACACUUUCCUCCUGCAUGUCGUUGAGCCAGGAAGAUCAAGUGCGGGUCAAAGAGCUCAAGGGCUUGCUGUUGUUGGCUGCUUCCUCGCUCUUGUUUGCUGGUGUCUCUGUGAUGGUACGCUGGCUUGGUGUGAAUGGCUAUCCGUCUGUCGAGAUUGUACUGGCUCGCGCUUGUGUACAACUGCCAUUAGGGAUCAUUGGAUGCUGUAUCGUGGGUGUCAAUCCUUUUGGAAAACAAGGUGUAAGACGAUGGCUCUUUUUUAGAGCGCUUGCAAGCUCCAUCGCACUCCUUUUGUUCUUUUACAGUUUAACCAAAUUAUCAUUGAUGGACGCCACAGUCAUCUUUUUCUUGGGCCCUUUGUUUAAAGUGAUGAUUGGAUGUAUAGUAAUGAACGACACCUUCUCAGUCUCUGAUGUAUUUUACUCGAUUCUCUGCUUUGUUGGAUUCUUGUUUGUGGUGAAGCCUCGAUUUCUUUUCUAUGAGAUGCAACAGCAUAUCGAUGAUGGCAGAUCUUUUGCUAUUGCAUGUGCUUUGGCGGGCGCACUGAUGUCAGCAAUGGCUUAUAUCACUGUGCGUAGAGUAGGUCAACAGCACGUCAUGGUUCAUGUGGUUUAUUUUGGAUUGGUGUCUGUUUUGCUCUGUAUACCUCUCUUGCUGUUGAAUUUACAAGCAUUCGUCAUGCCUGCAAAGGAGGAUGCUGCCUAUUUUGUAUCCAUCGGUGGAUUGGCAUUCUUGGGCCAAUAUUUCAUCAACAUUGGUUUGAAGCUGGCGCCCAUUGGCUUGGUUACAUUGCUUCGAUCCAUUGAUGUCGUAUUCGCCUUUCUUUUUGGCGUCAUUAUAUUCCAUGAACUGCCUGGAUUCUAUACCCUGUUGGGGUCAUUCAUCAUUGUCUCUAUGACGAGUACCAUCAGUUUGCAUCAAUGGCAUAGGCAGGAGCUGAGAAAUGCUGCCAUCAAGAGACGCAAAUCAAAAGAUAAACUGAUCAGACACCAACAAAAGCAGCAACAACAGCAACACGAAGCAUCCACAUCCAAUACGAGCUCUACCACCACUGCAUAA